CGACAUUUGAAAACCCGAGUUGGCAACCCUGACAGUGAAGCUUAAGCUGUAAACACUGGAGGAAGCUGAGGGAUGUUAACGUCAGUGCAACAACCGAGCCGCUUAGUCGGAGCGUACUCACACAUCCACAUUGCACCAUGCCGCUUCAAGACAGCUGCUUUCAUUGGUACCAGAAAUCGAUAAAUUGAUGUGAGUUGUUUUUGCUUAAAAUGUCGGGACGGAUAGGAAGCCAGAACUGCUGCUGCUAUUCUACACGUGAUCACCGAGAAGACAUUAUGGCGUUGAUUGGCAGCACCGCCCGCUUCUGUUAAUUGAAGCUGAACGAAAUCAUAGAAUUUAUAACAUGUGGCGUUCCUCAUGCAAUUUUCAUCAAUUUCUAGAGAUAAACACAGAAGAUGGGCAUUAAAAGAUGGACUACAGUAAUCAGUAUGAAGUCAACAUACACACCACAAGAUAUAAGUAGCUACUGGCACAAGGUGGUGAGAACCAGUGUAGUGUCAUGAACUGAAAGAAUAACAGAAGAAGGUUGUAAACAUGUUACUUUUAUUUAAGGUGUCAUGUUGUACAUUGCUCUUAUUAGCUAUACAUCAUUCCAGUGCUCGUAAUCGUGAAUUUACUACAUUUUCAGAGGCUGAGUCGUGCACUGAUAAUGAAUAUUUUGAUGAAGUGAGUCUUCAGUGUAUGAGUUGCCCAUUAAAUCAGACUGCUGUGGAAGAUCCCUACACCUGUACUUGCCAGCCUGGUUUUAGGUCAAUUAUUAAUGGAUAUAAUCUUAAAUGUGAGGCUUGUCCUCCCUCAUAUGUCACCUCUAGAGACAAAAGAAGUUGUGUUCCCUGUCAUGAAUCCUCCUCCUAUAAUGACACUACCCAGGAAUGUGACCCUUGCUCCAAGACUUCUGUUAUGGUUGAUAAAACUCUGAAUGGAACAUUUUUAGGUAGCAUGUCUUGUGUAGAAUGUACCAAUGAUACUGUUCCAGGAGAAAAGGAUUGCAUUCCAUGUCAUUCAUCUUUCUAUACUGCCAGUGGUGACUCUUGCACAUGUCCCAAAACUCAUGUUGAACUUGGUGGCAUCUGCACACCACUGUCAGAGCUUUCUAAAAUCCCAGAUAAGAAGAGUUGUUAUGUUGUGAAAUUUGAUAAUGGGGAAGAAGUGCAGUCUUCUUUUUUGGAAGCUAACUAUAGAAUGGCAGCUCAUUCAUGUACAUUCAAUCAAAAUAAAUCAGCUUGUCAGCUUCUGAGCAAUAUUUGUGUUCUUUUGCAUUUUAACUUUAAUGAUGAAUUCAAUGCUUGUGAGUAUUAUAGAGAAGAAUUUGGGGAUAAUUUUGUUAAUUUACCAGAUCAUGUCCCUUGGUUGUAUUAUCCUGAAGGAGAAGCAAACAUCUAUCUCUCUAAAGCCAGAUUGAAAACACACUACAGUUUUAAAAAAGACAAUCCUAAUUUCAAACUUAACUUUACUGUAGCAAAGUAUUCAGCUGAGGGUCAUCUGCUGGCAUAUGGAAGGUUGGAAGAUGUAUUAACCCUUUGUCCUUUUAUUGAUUUCCAACUGAGUGAUGUUGUUCAGUUUGGAAAAACAUUUUCUCAGAGCUGUUCCAUAAAUGUUCAAGACUUAUGGAAUAAGUAUACCACAGAGUUUUAUGAUGUGUUUUUACAGUAUUAUGAUGAUGAAGAGCAUAUGAUUUAUGCCAUUCCAGUUCUUAAUGAAAAUUAUAAAGAAAGUGGAUCUUCAGUGAAUCAACAAAGUCAGAAAAAAUGGCAACUUACAAGGAGGUUUUUCCUGUUUGACAACCUCAGUGGGAAGGAAUCUCUCUCACUAAACACUAAGGAUAAGGAGAAUAGAGCCAGAGUUGUGAGAUACGCUCGGAACAUUCAAAUAAUAGUCCGGCUGCGUGAGGGAGAAGGAGAUGGUUUGAUUUACCCUCCAGUGAUAAAAAUAAAUUAUGGUGAAGUUACUGAUGAAUAUUACAACACAAAUAACAAGGUGGAGACUGCCAUAAAGGUAUUGUAUACUAUGAAUUUCUCCCAAAUCCGUGAAGAUUUAUCCAUUGCCAUCGGUGUGAUGAGUGCCUUCGCUGCCCUAUGGUCGCUGGUAGCAGUUUGGAGUUGGUCUCGACGAUGUGGAAAACUUGGCUUGGAUUUGCUCACCAUUUAUCACUUUAUUGUAAUUGCUUGUGGAAAUCUUGCCAACAUGUUCUUCCUGGUUGUUUUCUUUGCUUGUUUCUAUUGGACGAUCUUCUUCAAAAGGCAGGAUGUCGUGCAUUCCUUUCUCUUAACUCAAAAUCAGGAAUUACUUAUUAAACAAUAUCUUACAGCUGCUUGUUUCUUAAAAUUUAUUCAAGUCAUUCAAAUAGUUUAUGUUCAGAUUACUCUUGAUAUGUUCAUUAUUGACUGGGAGAAACCGAGGGCAAGAAAUUCUAUUCCUCAUCCACAGUUGUCUACAAAUCUUAAGGAUGACGGGAAGGCAAAAACAGAGCAGCCAAUUAGCAUAUGGAGAACCUAUUUUAUAGCCAAUGAAUGGAAUGAACUACAAACCUACAGAAGAAUAGAUGUGGGCUGCCAGUUAUUCUUUACUCUUUUCUUCUUGAAAGUAAUUGGAUUUGAAAAUCUUUCCACCGCUGAUCCCAAUAGUAAGUUUAUUCUUAACAAUGAAAGCCAUAAUUCUCCUCAGAGUUAUGUGUGCAGGUUUGCCCUCAGUAUAUCAGUGUAUGGUGUUAUUGCUGCUGUACAGUGGAUCUUUAAGAUUGCCUUCUAUGAACGUUAUGUUGAAAACAAACUCCAACAGUUUAUUGAUCUUUGUUCCAUUGCUAACAUAAGUAUUUUUAUUCUAGAGCAUAAAAUGUAUGGCUAUUACAUUCAUGGCCGCUCUGCUCAUGGUUAUGCUGAUGUUGAUAUGCAGUCCAUAUAUGAACAAAUGAAACAAGAAGAAGAAGACUUGUGUGGGAAUAGAGGUCUUGAGCCUUCUAGUGAAUGCCAGAUAUUUGAAGUGGCUAUUACUUAUAAGUUUAGAGAGCAGUAUGAUACCAUUUUGCAGCCUGUGCAUGGGUUUGCAGGUAUAAGAAGGCCAGUAGGUCGAGGCAGAAUGGCUUCUGAAGAGAUGGAACAAAGCUUUCAAGCAUAUGAAAUCAUGAAAAGAUUCUUCGACAUGUUUCUCCAGCAUGCUCUUAAAGAUUUGGAUUAUAUUGUUAAAGAAAAGCUUUUUUUGGAGAGUGUUUUAGAUCUUGAGUUUCAAGAGGCAGACGACAGAUGUCUCUUCUUUAGGAAUAACAACCAUGCCUUUGAUCGAGUUCUCUUUUAUGGGCACGAGAUAACUUUUGUGUUGUUUGAGAUGCUACUUUUCACAUUUGUUGAUUUAACUUCAUAUGAUUUUGUACUGGCAGCCAUUGUAACUUUCAUUUUUUCGUACCUAGUUAAAAAAAUUCGCUACACAGGUGGAAGAAAGAAUGUGGUUCACAAAACUCUUGUUGAUCAGAGAUUUUUGAUGUAAUAUUAAAGAUCUAUAAUUGAUCUCAACAGUAACUUAUAAGGUCUGAAAGAAGGUCUUGCAUUCAAGACUAGCUUUCUAAGUUUAAUUUCAUACAAAUAUAAUAUAAAGCUGCCCAUAAUUUUGCAGAUGAAUUAUUUUUUAUAACUUGUUACUAGGGGUAAAUAGUCCCUUGUAGUAAAGCUCAGCUAUGUAGCUCAUAAGUGCACUUAAGAAAAUGUACUUUUUCAUCUGGCUCUUCACUUAGUCACAGUCGUCAUUUGUUAUACGUAUAUGAUUUUAUUGAUACUGUAUGAUGUGAUGUGAGAGAUUCAGUGGGUAGAGCCAGCAUCAUUGUCACUUUUAUGCCCAUUUUCCACACUUGUAUGGGUUGACAGUAAUUACCUGAUGACAUGGUGUUCUGAUUACCACCAGGCAAAUUUUACACAAGUUUUACAGUUGGAUGCUCUUUCUAUCACCAACUGUCCUAUACAGAGUGGGAAUUGGGCAUUAUAUGUAAGACUAACAAGUGCCCUCAUAGCUGUUCCUUUCAUGUCAUACCUGGCUUCUGUGCAGUCCACAGUGUCAGCUCAUAAAUGAGGGGUUGAUCUUAAAAUCCGUAUUUGUGAUUAAAGAUGAUCCACAUUGUGGUGUGGACACCACUUUUAAUGUCUUAUUUGGUCAAUGCCAGAUAAUUUUAUUCAGCUGAGAGGGGACCCCAUGCACAAGUGGCUAAAUUCCUUUAUGUCUUACUGUAUUAAUCAUAAAUGUCAACAUCCAUAUCUUUGAAGAGCUGUCUUCCAUCUGCAAGUCAAUGGAUUGGUGUACAUACUGUAGAUGGAAGAUGUCUGUGUUUUACCAUUACCAGUGUUCCCAUGAUAAUAUGGCUCUGUUGUGCUGUACUGUAGUAUCUUCUCAGCUGGCUCAUAAAGAGAUUUCAGAGUCAGUUCCUCACUUGGUAAAUUAUAGAACAUUAUUCUGAUAUGGCUUCAACCCCUUUACAGUUUUCUUCAUAGACAAAUUAUGUUUAUUUGACAUUCACAUUGACAAACUAGUGAAGGUGUAUGUUGUGUUGGUGUCAGUGGAAGAGAUGGAUUUAUUUUGUUACCCUGAAUUAUUUUUAUACAGUAUUUGGUAGUCAUUUGUGAAUACAGUAAAACCUCGUUAAGGCGGACCCCGCUAAGGCGGAUAUCGCUUAAGCCGAACAAAUUUGUUUUCCUAAAAAUAAUGUAAAAAGUAAAUAAGAAAUUAGGACAAAAUUUGUCCUCCGAUGACAUGUCUGCAAAAUUUCUAGGGACCAAGGCAUCAGUGCGUGGGACACAGGUGCCCGAGAGUUAUCAUUGUUGUUUUGGGGAAUAUUAUUUCAUUCACUCUAGUAAUGAUACAAUGCUUCUUAUUAUAUUAUCAUAGGUAAAUGCUUGGCUUUUAUCAUUUGUUUAUCACUGUGCCCAUCACUGUUUUGAAAUUAGACUACAAGAUAUGUAUUUCUCUCAUACGUACUGUACACCUGGCAACGGGAGCGAGUGACUGACCACUAGAUAAAGCGUCGUCUGCAGUUAUAUCCCUCCCUGCCAUAUUUCAUUGGAUUUACUGUUGUUAUUAGUAUUUACUGAUAUAAUAGUACUUAAUAGUGAUUAAUCAUGGCAUUGUAGCCAGUUUAAACUCGUCACUGUAACCACCAGGCUACUGGGCCAAGCUGUGGUGUUUUAGUUGGUUUUCAACUCUUAAUUUUGAGUAGAUAAACCUAACUUAAUUCAUUUAUUUUUACUCAGUUACAUGCACACACCAUCCUACAUACAUAUUGUGAAAAAAGUAAAAGAAAUAAUUGUCCUAAGGGCAAAAACAUAAAGGGAAUACUGUAUACAUUUCUUUGCCCAUGAGUUAACUGGCUGAGUGAGGAAGGGGAAGACGGUCACAGAGUGUAGAGGUGGGGGGGGGGGGCGUUGCUAGGGAAUUGGCGUCCUAGCUAAUGUUUGUUACUAUGGUGAAACGGGGGAGUAUAUGUAGAUGGCGACUGUGUUGGACUUUAAUUUGGCUUUUAUUUACUGAUUUGGCGAUAGAGUAGUUUUUGUUGGUAUUAUUUUUAUUUAUUCCUCACAUUUCCUGAUAGUGUAUUCAGUACUGUAUAUUAUUUUAAGAAAACUAUGGCCACAGGAGGAAAAUACACACAAAAGUUUUUUCCUAAAUACUCCCUACCGUAAAAUACAGUGUUUUUUAUUUAAUUAUUUAUUGUUUUUAUACAUUUAGUACAUUCACCAUAGGCUGAAGUUGCAUUCAUAUUUUUUGCAUUAUUAUUGAAAUAUUAAACAAUAACCAUAGCCCCUAAGAAAGUGUUUGGCUUCCAUAAGGGUGAUGAGAAGGUUAUGCCAAAGACCUUAUCAGUGAGCUAAAGUAAGUGUACAGUACUUUAUGUACAUUACUUUUUUUAAUUAAUUUUUAUUAAAAAACAUGUACAGUAAGUCCUCAUUUAACGUUGUCCCCGACAACAUUGUUUUGUUAUAACGUUUCAUUUCUUUAGAUACCCAUGAUUCAAACGUCCCGCUGAUUCGGUAUAAUGUCGUCACGGACUACUUUGUACGAUGCAUCACCUUCUCUCACCCAGUCAUAGCGGGAGGAGGAGCCACCCUCCGGGUCUCAGUGACUCACCACCCUCCUCCUCUCCACUGCCCACCACACACUCGCUCCACCUCCGCCCAUCAGUGAAUACAAUACAAAAUGAUUUACCUGUAGUUUAUUUAUCUUUUUGGAUGUAUAAUAUAUACUAUUUUCAAUAAAAAUUCCAUUAAAUUUAUGAAUAUGUAAUGUAUUUUAUGGGGCAAAGGGAGGCUGGGGAACGUAACUCCCGUAUUUUAUUUAUUUCUUUUAGGGAAAAUUGAUUCCGUUAACGUCACGGUUUUCAGGAACGAAACCACGUUAAGUGAGGACUUACUGUAUUUCUUUCAUAAAACUUGGAUGCAUUGGUAUUGUACUCGUUUUUUUUUUAAAUGGUGGUCUUUUUGGAAAAAUUUGCUCUAAGGUGGACAACCUCUUAUCCCAGACACCCCUCCCCCUCCAGUUCGUCCUCCUCAGUGAGGUUUUACUGAACAGUAUAACGAUAUGUGGAAAUACAGGAUAAUCUUUUUAUUUUGGGUGUAAAACAUAGUCAUAGAUGUAUAUUGUUAUUGGUACAGGUUCAGGAGCCUUAUAACCAACAUCAAGUAGGUGUUCAAAUAUUUUCAGUUAUUUUGCCAUAAAAUAAUUAUCUUAGGUCUAUUAUAAAGGAUAAUAGAAACAUGAAGAUGCAAAGUUCAAAUAAUUAUAUUAUUGUAAGGUAAAUUACUGUAUAGAUAAGGAUAAUUUUUAUUUAUGGUGAAUGAACGACAGGUACAGGCAGUCCCCGACCGUCCCACAUACGAACACCCACACUUAAGAUUGGGAUCCCAAUAUAUUCAUCGCAAAAAUUUGUAAUUAAAAUCUCAUUUUUUCCCAUAAUUUUCAUUAUUCUAUGUCGUUUAUCAUCACUUUAUUUACAGUAUUUACUUUAUUUGUUAUGUAUGGGAUAUUAUUGUUGUUUUGUAUGGACAGGAUUGUACUUUAACGUAACUUAUGGAAUUAACACUAUUCUGACUUACCAGCAAAUCGAAUUACUAUCAGGGUCCUGGAACGUAUCCCUGUCGUAAGUCGGGGACUGCCUGUAUUUAAUAAAAAAAGAAGUACACUAUGUAGUAUUUAUUUUCUUUAGAAAAUUAAGGUAAAUUAGGAGGUUAUUUGUUGAAGGCCGAUGAGUAGUGGGUGUUGUGACACUAUGGUUGCUUUUGUCAUACAGGCUGUACCUGUAUCUGUGAAAUGUAAAUAAAAACCUUUAAAUA